GUCCUGUGCUGGAAUGUGCGGCUCCCGCGAGCUCGCGGCGCAGCAGCAGCAGACCGAGCGCCGCCGAGGCCGCGGGCCCCAGACCCGGGCGGCCGGGAGCGCAGCGACCGCAGGACCAGGGCCGGCGGUCUGAUCCCGCUCCGCGAUCGCACACCGGGUCGCGAGGGCCUCGACGCCCAACUUUUUUUCCCCGCUCUCCCUCCCCUCCCCCGAAAGUCCAGCAACAAAGAAAAGGAGUUGGAGCAGCGGCGGCGACGCGGGGGCGGCGGUCCGUGGCCGCGCAGCUAAGAGGCGUACAGUUAUGGCCACCCAGGUGAUGGGUCAGUCUUCUGGGGGAGGAAGUCUCUUCAACAACAGUGGCAACAUGGGCAUGGCCUUACCCAACGACAUGUAUGACUUGCACGAGCUCUCGAAAGCCGAACUGGCUGCACCUCAGCUGAUCAUGUUAGCCAACGUGGCCUUGACUGGGGAAGUGAACGGCAGCUGCUGUGACUACCUGGUUGGUGAAGAGAGACAGAUGGCCGAAUUGAUGCCAGUUGGAGACAGCAACUUUUCAGAUAGCGAAGGAGAAGGCCUCGAAGAGUCGGCUGAACUAAAAGGUGACCCCAGUGGUCUGGAAAACAUGGAACUGGGAAGUCUGGAGCUAAGUGCUGUAGAACCCCAGCCUGUAUUUGAACCAUCAGCCGCCCCAGAAGUGUACAGCGCAAAUAAAGAUCCGGCUCCCGAAGCGCCCGUGGCGGAGGACAAAUGCAGGAAUUUGAAGGCCAAGCCCUUCCGUUGUAAGCCGUGCCAGUACGAGGCCGAGUCUGAAGAGCAGUUCGUACAUCACAUCCGGGUUCACAGCGCUAAGAAGUUUUUCGUGGAGGAAAGUGCAGAGAAACAGGCCAAAGCCAGGGAAUCUGGGUCCUCCCCGGCCGAAGAGGGCGAGUUCUCCAAGGGCCCCAUCCGCUGUGAUCGCUGUGGCUACAAUACCAACCGGUACGAUCACUACACGGCACACCUGAAGCACCAUCUGAGAGCCGGGGGUAACGAGCGGGUCUUCAAGUGUAUCAUCUGCACGUACACCACAGUCAGCGAGUACCACUGGAGGAAGCACCUGAGAAACCAUUUUCCCAGGAAGGUCUACACCUGUAGCAAGUGCAACUAUUUUUCAGAUAGAAAAAAUAAUUAUGUUCAACAUGUUCGAACUCAUACAGGGGAACGCCCUUAUAAAUGUGAACUUUGUCCUUACUCAAGUUCUCAGAAGACUCAUCUAACUCGACACAUGCGCACUCAUUCAGGUGAGAAGCCAUUUAAAUGUGAUCAGUGCAAUUAUGUGGCCUCUAAUCAGCAUGAAGUGACCCGACAUGCAAGACAGGUUCACAACGGGCCGAAACCUCUUAAUUGCCCUCACUGUGACUACAAAACAGCAGAUAGAAGCAACUUCAAAAAACAUGUCGAGCUGCAUGUUAACCCACGGCAGUUCAACUGCCCCGUGUGUGACUACGCAGCUUCCAAGAAGUGUAACCUACAGUAUCAUUUCAAAUCUAAGCAUCCCACCUGUCCCAGCAAAACGAUGGACGUCUCCAAAGUGAAGCUAAAGAAAACCAAAAAGAGGGAGGCUGACCUGCUUAACACUGUCACCGAGAAGACAGAGACUGAACAAACAAAAACAAAGGGCGAUGUGUCUGGGAAGAAAAAUGAGAAACCCAUGAAAAUCGUGGGGAAAGAUGUUUCAAAAGAGAAGAAGCCUUGUAGCAAUGACUCGGUGGUCCAGAUAACUACUAGAACUCGGAAGUCAGCAGCAGAGACUAAAGCAGCAGAGGUGAAACACCCAGAUGGACAAACAGGAAACAACCCAGAAAAGUCCUGUAAAGCCAAGAAAAACAAAAGAAAGAUGGAUGCCGAGGCCCAUUCCUCAGAUGAGCCUGUGAAUGAGGGACCAGUGACAAAAAAGAAAAAGACAGAGAACAAAUCCAAAAACAGUACCGAAGUGCCAAAGGGAGGCAGCAAAGUGGAGGAGAGAAAGGGGGACAAAAAGCCAAGCACUUCUGUUAAGAAAGGUGCAAAGAAGACACCGCUCAAGACUAAGACAAGUAAAAAGGGUGGCAAACUUGCUCGGAAUGGGGUGGGGCAGACAGAACCUCUUUCCUCUGAGUUGGCUCAAGUUGGGGUGUCUUCAGUUCCUGCACCCUCUCAGGCAGUGGUCACCCUGUCAGAAUCUACUCAGACAGGGCUUCCUUCUCCCAUGGAUAUUGCUGAGACAGAGCCUGCCCAGAUUGAGGUUUUCCAGACAGGGCGUCCUCAGGUGGAACAGCCUCUUCCCGGGGAGCCUGCUCACAUGGAGCCAUCUCCUCCUGUGGAGCCUCCCCAGGUAGACCCACCUUCCUGCCAGGAGUCUCCCCAGAGGGAGCCUCCCGCUCCCAUGGAGCUUGCUGAAAUGGAGCCGCCUCCUCCCGUGGAGCCUUCCCAGAUGGAACCACCUCCCAAUAUGGAGCCUUCUCAGAUGGAACCACCUCCCAAUAUGGAGCCUUCCCAGAUGGAACCACCUCCCAAUAUGGAGCCUUCUCAGAUGGAACCACCUCCCGAUAUGGAGCCUCCCCCUCCCGUGGAGCCACCUCAGGUGGAGCCACCGCCUAUGGAGGAUUGUCAGAAAGAGCUGCCUUCUAUGGAGCAUGCUCAGACAAAGGCUGCUCAGACAGUUCCUACUCAGAUGGGAUCUGUUCAGGAGGAGUCCCCUCCUGUCUCGGAGCCACCUCAAGUCAAGCCAACCAAAAGGUCGUCUCCCCGAAAAGACAGUGCAAAGGAGAAGUGGAGCAUGCUGAGUGAGAUGGCGCGGCAGGAGCAGGUCCUUAUUGAAGUCGGCCUAGUGCCUGUGAGAGACAGCAAGCUUCUGAGGGAAAGCAAGAGUGCACAGGACCUCCCAGCCCCGCGGUCACCACCGCCAAAGGGAAACGCAAGAGACGAGAUACCCCAGGACCAGGACAUGGUCUCUGAAGGGGAAGGAAAUAAAGUAGCCCCUUUCAAGAAAGUAGGGACAGAGGAAGCCGGCGAGAGUCUAGCCGAGCUUGCUGCUCCCAAGGUGUCUACCAGUGCUUCAUCCUCUGAACAAAACCCAGAUGUGCUAGAUGGUGAAACGUUGCACAGCAAGGGUCAGACUGGCUCCACUGGGGCCUGUGAAAUGGAAGUGGACACUGAGCAGAAGACAGACAGUGUCCCCGUGAAAGACUUAGUAGAGCCAGUGUCACCUCUCACCCCAACAGUGGACUGUGGAGCAGCGUCACCGGCCGUAAUGGCUUCCCCUCCUAUCACUUUGGCUGAGAACGAGUCUCAGGAAAUUGAUGAAGAUGAAGGUAUCCACAGCCAUGAUGGAAGCGACCUGAGCGACAACAUGUCAGAGGGGAGUGAUGACUCAGGAUUGCACGGGGCUCGGCGGGCGCCACAAGAAACUACAUCAAAAAAUGGAAAGGCAGGGUUGGCUGUUAAGGUAACUGAGGGAGAGUUUGUUUGUAUUUUCUGUGAUCGUUCUUUUAGAAAGGAAAAAGAUUACAGCAAACACCUCAACCGCCAUUUGGUGAAUGUGUACUUCCUUGAAGAAGCAGCUGAGGAGCAGGACGAGCAGGAGGAGCAGGAGUAGCUGAGCCUCAGGAGAAGCACAGUGUGGACUUUGUAAGCAUGCCUCUAAUUUUCAUUUGACUGUAGACAAACGCAAGCUUGCUUUAAUUAGUCUCCAGUGCUGAGUUUUCAGUAAAAACAUUGUUUUUCUUAGGCUUGUCCAUCUAUUUAGUGGUUGUUGCAUAAAUCUUAGCACAUCCUAGGGAGUUAAUGUAAGAAAACAGAUACGAAACUAGCUCAUGCAGUCAGGCGAAAGGAGAAGGCUAAGAUGGUGGAACAGGCCACUUGCGUCGUCUGCUACAACCUGUCAGGUUUUCUGUUCUUUUUACUGUAGUUCCUAAUUUUUAGUUCCUUCUUUAGAUUGAUAAAAAUUGGCUUAGUAAAUUACUUGAAUUUGCCUGCUUUAUAUAAAUAAAGUUAGCACUUUACAGUUUCUUUAGAGAUGAAAAAAGAGAUUUAAAUUGGAGAGAAAUUCUCAACAUUGGACAUUGUAUCUGUCCAGGUAAUUGCUUCCUAGCUUGCUAUCAAUAUUUUGUGUUUAUAUGUUAAUCGUUAUAAAAAGUGAUUUUUGGUAUUUUUUAUUUUGGUGCUUUUCUGGCUUAAGAUGUUGCACAUGGUUCUUGUUUCUUUAACCUAUGCAGUUAAUCUCCCCCCCCCCAAAAAAAAACAGGGGUGUGUAAAUAGGAACACUCUGUAGGUAUAUAUGCAUGCUUUUUGUUUUUUUCCCUUUUUGGAGGGAUACUUUUAGGCUUGUUUGCAAAGAGCCAUUUUCCUUUUCUUUGCUGCAAUAGUCUUUUUUUUGCAGAACAACAGUGUGUGCAAGUUUAUAAGCAAUGGAACAUGCAGGUUCAAUCCAUUGUUUGGGUUUUUGUUUUGCUUUAUUAUUAUUUUUUAUUUUAAAUUUCACCUCUUACCUAUGCCGGAAUUAGUUGCAUAUAAGUUAUUUUGAAUGGUGAGGAUAUGUGUAAUUCCACAGCUUUCCAGUCUGAUUUUUUUUUCAGUAAGCCACUAAAUGCGUAUUGAACAAAAUUUGUCUCAAAAAUCAGCCAGCCGAGUUACUUUGCUGUUUCUGGCUUAUUACCGAGUGAUCUUCCUUUGAGGAGUUAGCUUCAGUAGAUGGUUGAUGGUGGGGUGGCUACUCUACUGAGUAGAGAACUCCAAGUGGUACUUGGAAGCAGCAAACCUGCCGUGAGAUGUAAUUGUCCUUCAGACUGUAGACUAUCCGUUGUGAGAAAGCCAUUGUGGUCACAUGACUAGUCUAGUUGAAAGUGCUGUGUUCCAGCCAGCAGCUGCUGCUGCUUCCAGUGAGUACUGAGAAGGCUGAUGUUGACUAAGUACAGUCCAGAUUCUAAGCAUCACAUUUUCUCAGGGAUCUCCACAAACUAGUGGGUGUCCUCGCUGUCCCUGUGAGACAGCCUCUGUACAGGAGAGGCCUUAAGUGAAUUGUACCUGUCCUGGUGUUCUUCUGGGGACACUAUGAGAAACUGUAUGUACUCCAGAACCGGUUCUCUGUGUUCUCCAGAGGAUGAAAGAGCCCAACAUGGACUUUUCUUACUGGUAGUAGUAAAUUAAGUAUGAUCCCAGUAGGGAUAUGUGACAUUUUUUUGAUGGAAUAAUAACCUCUGUGUAUCUCAUUUAUUUUACCCUGGCGAUCUCUGAGCAGGCUUCAGAUUUUGACAGUUCAUGAAAGACUUUACAAGCAUUAACGUGUGGGUGAAGAGCUUGGUGAGAUUCUGAGUGAAGUUUUAGUUAAAGUUGGUUUUAGUUAAGUUGGAAUUGACUGGGAGGCCAAAGAUUUAAAAAGCAGAAGAUUUUCUCAAGACACAAGUUGUGUGAUAACGGUGUGUGUUUUUUGUGUGUGCAUGAGACUUGGUAAAUGUUGAAUUCUAGGCUCCGACAAUCAUUGUAGUGCAGGUCAGACUGCAAGUAUUUAUGUUUUAAAUUUAAAUUAUAAAGCUAGUUAAGUCUUUCUAACAACUAGUUUUAAUGUUCAUGAGCAGAUUUUGCUUACAUUACCUUUUCAAGAUGUUGAAAAAGAUGCUUCCCGCAAGCACACGUUGGAAGCUGGGAGCUGGGCUGUUCUUAAGAGGUCUUUGUGGAUUCUUUGUUGCAAAGGAAAACAAUGCCUUCUGGGGAUUGACUAAGUUUUAAUCUAGUCUUUAAGAGUAGAAGUAAAAACCACAAAAAUACAAGGGAAAUGAAAACCUCAUUAAAUUAGUCUUUAAAAAGGUUGUUACCUGAAAUUGAGUGGGACUUUUGAGGGCUUUCUUUUAGAAAACAAGGACUCAGUCCUUAGGCCUAUAUUAGGCCUGACCCUUGGUGCCAUGUAUUUGUACUUAAAAUCAUUUCAGUGGAAAGUAUCUUAGUGAUUGAAACUUCUAGUACAGUUGGGAGUUCUUCCAUUUGAAAACUGUGACACUUGCAUGGGAUUGUUUGAAUCUUGUUUUCUAGUCUAUCCCUUCCCCAUUACUACCCCGAAGGUCUGAAGGUCGACUUUUCUCUUGAUAAAGGAACACAAAAAUGUAAUUGUAAAUUGGUAUCUAGUACCUAGUGGUAAACUUGAAAUGGUAGAAUUCUUUACAGCCUAAUCCUAGGUAGCCUUAGAGAAAUGUAUCCUAAUUAUUUUUGAACCUGUAUUCACCUUGUCUUUUCAAGAUAUUUUAAGUUAUAUUUUCUUUUUCAGAGCUGCUUUUUAUUUUGGGGCUAUUUUUUUUUUUUAAUUGAGGCGUAAUUCAUAAAAAGCUACAUUACUUUGGUGAGACUUUUAAACUUUAUCAGAUUGUCUUUCUUUAGUCUUCCAAGAAUGGUCAUUUUGCUUUUUUUACUUUUAAAGUCAUGACAUGGCUCCUUCAAAUGUAAAGUAACGCAAAGUAAAGCCCACGCUCACCUCAUCCGCUUCACUCUGGAUGUGGAUGACAGAAGAAAUGACUUGCUGUUAGCAUGCAGUUACUUGUAAGCUGAAAUGCUGAGGAAACUUUUUUUUUUUUUUUUUUUGCAAAAAAUCAAGGUGUAUCUAGGGUUUCCUGGUUGACUGAGCACAUGAGGUGAGCUGAUAGUCUUAGUUCCGAAUGAUCUGAUUGUGUAGAUUUCCAGUGUACUGCUGGCUGAGUGUGACAGCUUCUCCAGUUCUGUGUCUGCCCCAUAGCCUCCCAGUAGUUACUGAACUCUUAAAACUGGUAUUGUGACAUUACAACAAUGUUUUGCGCCAAUUUUAUAAACCUUUACAGUGCAAUAUGUGUUACUUUUCUAAGGCAAACCAAAGGUAUAUUUCUCAAGGUUCCGCUGCCUUCAGCAGCAUUUGAUGGAGGAUUUUUUUUUUAUACAUUUGUAAUAGAUAGAGAUGAAACAGAUUGCAGUUUGUUUUUUGUUACUAUUUUUUUUUUUAAAUUGUAAACCAUGUACCAAGUUUCUGGUCAAGAUUGUGUAGGAUAAGUUAAACAUAAUUGCAUUCUAUUAACCAAUAUGAGUGUAUUUCUUAUGCAUAUAGUUACAUUGAAAUAAAGUUCUAAAAACUAUCA